GUCUGGCUCAUACCACAAGGAUAUUCAGAAGUGGGAGCCACGGCUGACUUUUUUUUAUUUAUUUGGAACCCAAGUAUGCCGAUUUGACCUCAGAGAAUGGAACUACGAGUAGUAAGCAUUCUUCUUCUCCUGGUGGCCUUGACGGCUGCCCAUGGUGAGAGAUAUGUUGUCAAGAAGGUGAUGAAGGCCCCGCAGUACCAGCCUUACUCCGUGAAAAGCCAUGUUGUAUCUGUAGCAGGAGAACCAGGCACCCCUGGUGAGCCAGGACCGGCUGGACCUCCUGGCCCACCUGGACCUGCAGGACAAGAUGGUGAAGGUCUGCCAGGGCCACAGGGACCUCCUGGAGCACCUGGGCCUGCUGGGUAUUCAGCACCUGGAAAACCUGGUUCUCCUGGUGGCCCCGGAAAACCAGGAGCCACAGGUGCACCUGGACUUAAAGGAGACACUGGUGCGCCUGGUCUUCAAGGCCCAAGAGGCAUGCCUGGUCCUUCCGGUAGUCCUGGACCUGCAGGCAUUUCUGCAACAGGCAAACCUGGACCAGCAGGUCUGCCAGGUGCAAUGGGACCACGUGGUGAGCAAGGUUUUAAGGGACAUCCAGGUAUUCCUGGUCUACCAGGACAAAAAGGAGAAAUGGGGGUUGGGGUUCAGGGGCCAGCAGGUGAGAGAGGUCCAACAGGACCAGUCGGACCUUCAGGGAAACCUGGAGCGCCUGGAGUUGGUUUACCUGGCAAACCUGGAGCUCCUGGUGAAGCAGGCAAAUCAGGCUCACCUGGCCGUGAUGGGGAAUCUGGGCCCAUGGGUCCACAAGGUCAAAAAGGUCAAACUGGGGCUCCUGGAGUUGGAAUUCCCGGCAAACCAGGUGAAAAUGGUGCUCCUGGUAUGCCUGGCCCUACUGGUCCCAAAGGUCCACAAGGUGCAUCUGGCGCUCCAGGUGCUCCUGGUGUACCUGGUUAUGGAAAACCAGGUGAAAAUGGUCUAAAAGGUGACAGAGGAGUACCUGGUAGUCCAGGAACAACUGGUCAGAAAGGUGAGCCAGGUGCUAAAGGGCACACUGGAUAUCCAGGUUCUCCUGGUGCUGUGGGUCCAGCUGGUCCUCAAGGUGCAAAGGGUUUCCCAGGUGAAAGGGGGCAAGCAGGUGAUAAGGGUGAACCAGGUCCAAUGGGACCACCAGGGCUAAAGGGGCACAAGGGAGAACAGGGAGCCCAAGGCAUUGAAGGCAAGCAAGGUUAUCCAGGGGCAACAGGUCAGCCAGGUCCAAGGGGAGCAACAGGUGCUCCUGGAGCCAAAGGAGAGUUAGGUCAUACAGGUGCUACUGGUGCCCCUGGAACACCUGGAUCUGUUGGACCAAAGGGUCAUCCAGGGUACCCUGGAGCAACAGGUGAGAAAGGAGAACAAGGAGCUCCUGGAGCAAGAGGUCCUGUUGGCCCAGCAGGUCCUGGAGGCCCACCUGGCCUAAAAGGUCACCCUGGUAUUCCUGGGGCACCUGGCCCUGCUGGUUUGGCUGCAAAAGGAAUUCCUGGACCUCAGGGUCCACCUGGUCUUCCAGGAUCUGAGGGACCUGCUGGAAUUCCAGGUCCUUCUGGACCUCCCGGCCCACCUGGUCCUCCUGGUGAGGUCAUCUUUGAGAAGGCUCAGGGUGAAACUGCAUACCCAGUUCUUGUCAAAAGUCCAGUGUCUGCAUUUACUGUUGCAACUGUGACACCUUAUCCCCCAUCUGGUACUCCAAUUAAGUUUGACCAGGUUGUGUAUAACGCAGAGCAGCAUUAUGAUCCAGAGACAGGUAUUUUCACCUGCCACAUUCCAGGAAUUUAUUACUUCUCCUACAGCAUGCAUGUGAAUGGAGCUAAUGCUUUAGUGGCACUUUAUAAAAAUGGUGACCCAGUCAUGUUCACUUAUGAUGAGUACAACAAGGGAUUUGUGGACCAGAUGUCCGGUAGUUCUGUACUUCAGCUCAAUGAGCAGGACACAGUUUACAUGCAGAUCCCCGAUGAUGAGGCUAAUGGUGUCUUUGCUGCCGAUAAUGUCCAUUGCUCUUUCUCUGGAUUCCUGAUUGCCUCAACGUGAUAAGGUGACCCAUCCACAUCACAUCAAAACAUCACUAUUUCUCAAACAAAAUUUCCUGUUCUGCAAACAUGAUGCACAACAGACUGUGCUAUUGUUCUGAGAAAUGCACGCAUCUCAACUUGAAAAUGCCAAGCAGUGGUGCCUAAAAGAAGGAAGUAAUUUAUGUAAUGUUAUCAGGGAUAAAAAGAUAGUUAAAACCUUAAAGAUUUCAAUUUUGUGCGGAGAGUGCAUGUGAAGUUGUGUCCUGACAAUUUCACAUCUUUUCCUCAUUAGUUUUUUUUUUUUUGUUGUCUUUUAUUGUAUUUUGUUUCCUUGUUACUGUCAGUGUCUACUUCAACUUUGUGCCUUAUUUUUUACUGUUUACUGUUGUCUUUAUAGUCUCACUGAUUAAACUAAGAGACUGCUCUUCCUGACAUCCUUAUAUCUGACUUGAAUAUUGUGAGAUGGUGAAAAUGCGAAAAAACAAACUCACAAGCAAAUAACAUCUAUAAAUGUUAUCCCAAAUGAUUGAUUUUGCUCUGUAAACCAUUAUGGCUGAAAUAAAAAAAAACAUUUCCU